UAAAUAAUUUCUAUUUAUAUUGAAAUAAACGGGCCUGAAUGAAAGGUUUAGGUAAGGAUCAAACACGCGAUAAAAAUGCCUGAAGUAAUGAUAUCUGGCAUACCAGUCAGUUUUCCUUUCGAGCCGUAUGAAGUGCAAAGAGCGUAUAUGGAAAAAGUGAUUGAAAGUUUACAAAACAAUACCAAUGCUUUGCUGGAGUCACCGACUGGAACAGGAAAGACCCUAAGCUUGCUGUGUUCUUCACUAGCCUGGUUGUUAGUGAAGAAGGCUCAGCUCCAAAUGAAUGCACAAGUAGGUAAUUUCUCGGAGCACAGCGGAGGCGGUUUUAGUAGCAAUUUAAAGGAAAGUUUAAAAGCAAGUGGCAAAUCUAAAGAUAACACAUCAUGGGGUAUGCCAAAAAUUAUUUAUUCAUCCCGAACACAUUCACAGUUAACACAGGCGAUGCAGGAAUUAAAACGAUCAAGUUACCGACAUGUAAAAGCGGCUGUGUUAGGGUCGAGAGAUCAAAUGUGUAUUCAUCCAGAAGUUUCUAAAGAGACUAACAAUAUGAAUAAAGUGCACAUGUGUCAACUUAGAGUUAAAGCUAGGACUUGUUUCUUCUAUAACAAUGUUGAGUCAAAGAAGGAAGAUAGGUCAGUUAAAGGAGAUGAUAUAUUAGACAUUGAAGAUUUAGUCGGUGUAGGUAAAAAGUUAAAAUGCUGUCCGUAUUAUUUAUCCAAAGAACUUAAACAAGAUGCUGAUAUAAUAUUUAUGCCUUACAAUUAUAUACUGGAUCCAAAAUCAAGAAAAGCAAAUGGAGUGGAACUUCUAAAUAAUAUUGUGAUAUUGGAUGAAGCUCAUAAUGUUGAAAAAAUGUGUGAAGAGUCUGCAUCACUACAGAUCCGCACAACCGAUGUGGCUUUGUGUAUUGAUGAAGUAACACAUGUUAUGAAAAGUUUUGUUGAGAGCAAUGAAGAAAUGGAUGCAACUAUUGACAAUACUACACCUAAAGAUUUUACUUGUGAUGAUCUGUGUAUUUUGAAAGAAAUGAUGCUGGCAUUAGAGAAAGCUAUAGAUGAAAUUAGUGUAGGUAGCGAGGGAACUACCUACCCUGGUAGUUUUAUAUUUGAGCUUCUAUCAAAGGCAGAGAUCAAAGAUCAUAACCAAAUGACAGUCAUCACUUUAAUAGAAAAUCUUAUUCAAUAUCUGUCCACAGCUAAUGCAUCACCAUUCCAACGGAAAGGUGUGGGCUUACAGAAAAUUGUAGAUUUGUUAAAUGUUGUCUUUAGUGGUACCACACACGCUUAUAAGGAGCGUGUGAAACUAUGUUACAAAGUGCAUAUAAGUGUAGAGGAUAAAAAGAACAAAAAGUCUGAUAGUUGGGGCACUUUAAAGACAACCAGUACUAAAACUAGUGAAAGAGUUCUCAGUUAUUGGUGUUUCAGUCCCGGUUUUGGUAUGAAACAAUUAUUGGAACAGAAUGUUAAAAGCAUUAUUUUAACCAGUGGUACUCUUGCGCCUUUAAAACCCUUAAUAUCAGAAUUAGGAAUACCAAUAGGUGUUUUAUUAGAGAAUCCACAUAUUGUGAAAUCUAAUCAGAUAUGCGUUAAGAUCAUUGGUCAAGGUCCAGAUGGUACACAACUCAACUCAAACUAUCAAAAUAGGGAUAAUCCAAAAUAUAUUUCAUCUUUAGGUCGAACAAUUUUAAGUUUCUGUAGAGUUGUACCUGAUGGAGUUUUAGUUUUCUUUCCAUCUUAUCCGAUUAUGUCCAAAUGUCAAGAGAUGUGGCAAAAUGAUGGUAUCUGGUCUGGCAUCAAUAAUAUUAAACCAAUAUUUGUUGAACCACAACGAAAAGACACAUUUAAUGCUAUUAUAAACGAUUUCUAUAGCAAAAUAAGUGAUCCUAGUACCAAAGGAGCUUGUUUUAUGGCGGUAUGCAGAGGUAAGGUAUCAGAAGGUUUAGAUUUUGCUGAUAUAAAUGGAAGAGCUGUUAUAAUAACUGGACUCCCCUUUCCACCAUUAAGGGACCCGAGAAUUAUACUCAAGAAGAAAUACUUGGAAGAACUCAGAGUAAAAGACAAAGAAUACUUAUCAGGUGAUGAAUGGUAUGCUUUAGAAGCAACAAGAGCUGUUAAUCAAGCUAUUGGUAGAGUCAUCAGACACAAAAAUGAUUAUGGAGCAAUAUUACUUUGUGAUAGUAGAUUUAACAGUCCAAAGUUAAAAAAUCAGCUCUCCGCUUGGCUGAGGGAUUACAUAAAUUUAUCAAAUAAAUUUGGUGAAACUGUGAGUGAAGUUUGUAGAUUUUUUAAGAAUGCGGAAACUUCUUUGCCAGCUCCAAAAUUAAAACCACUUCUACCUCAUGAGAGCAAUGUUAACUACAAAGAAAGUACUGCAUCAUCUAGUGCUUCAUUUCCUUCGGCAAACACAAGAGUGAUAAAUAAAAACCCUCAAAACAAAUCUGUAAAUCAAUAUCCAAACUCUAAUGAAGUGUAUGCAGAUUUUUCUAUGGAUUUUUAUAAGAACGCUCAAGCAUCAAAUUAUUUAAAUGAAUUUCGACCUAAAGAGACUAAAGACCUCUUCAGUGCAUUAGAUUGCAGUAAUGAUUCUAUCAAAACAGAACCACAAUCACUGGUUACAAUACAUAAAAGGACUGCUGAAGAAGUGAGUUUAAAUUCUAUUGCUAAAAAGAAAAAGUUAAAAAUCAAAGCUUUUGGUUUUGAAGAGAACCUUACAAAGAGCAAUGACAGUAGUAACAUAGAAAGAGUUGCUCCCGAGUCUCUGAUUGAUUUUGUUAAAGAAAUUAAAGUGCUAUUAGAUGGGGAGGAGUACAAGCAAUUUCAAAUAUCAAUAUCAGCAUACAAAAAAGAAGGAAAUUAUGGCAUGUUAUUGGAGACAUUGAUUGGUUUAUUUGAAAAUACAAAGUUAUUUUACUUAUUCAAGGGCAUGAAGAGAUUUCUAAAGGAGGAACAUAAGCAGGAAUUUCAGAUAUAUUGUGAUAAUGUUAAAUUAACCAGAUGAUUUAUUAUGUUCUUUUAUUAAAUUAUUUGUAAA